AUGACGGUCUUCCUGGCUUCUCUUUUCCUCCCAUAUACCAUCGACUUUCGGACAGCGGGUCAGAAAAAUGGGCGUCGCAGGUCUUCACCCACUUAUGCUGUCGAUGGGUCUGGGUCCGGCCCCAUUGUCGGACGUCUACCUCGACCACGAUCCACCAGUCUUGAACUAACUCCGGGUGCCACGACAGAAGAUGAGAAGAUCUUCAAAGCCUACGCCUCCCAGUAUGCAGGUGAAAUUCCCAUUACCGAUGAUCCCAAGGGGCCCAGUCCCAGUGAACCCCGCGUCUUGCCCUGGGGCAAAAGUCGCAAGUUCAACCAGCCCAGGUCCAAGGCAACCACGCAUCCAGAGCCGUCGAUUCUCAGUCGUCCAGGCUCACGACAGGAAUCCAAGGAUUCUUUCUUGGAUGGAGCGCCGAGCCGGCUGGACCCCAUGGCUCAAGGAAGUCCCCGCGCACUACUUUCGGCUGUGGACUGGGUCGUCAAAGCUGCUGAACAGGGUCAUGGCGGGCUUCAAAAUGCCGUCCACGCUGCAGAGGAGGCUGAGAGGACUCGAGAUCUUAUCGACAAUACUCUUCGCGACGACUACGAGUCCCUGACUGUGUUUGUUGGGGACAGUGAAUUUGAAGGCCAUUAUGCUCACUUCUGCCGCUCAGUGCUCUGGCCAGCCCUACACUAUCAAAUGCAGGAAAGUCCACGACACACAGAGUAUGAUGAUUACUCCUGGAAGCAGUAUCUCAAAGUCAACGAGGCAUUCGCGGACACAAUCGCCACACACUGGAAACCCGGCGACUGUAUCUGGGUCCACGACUAUCACCUCCUUGCCCUGCCUGCACUUCUCAGAAAGAGACUGCCUCAAGCAGAGAUAGGAUUCUUCUUGCAUACAGCAUUCCCUUCUUCAGAGAUUUUCCGUUGUUUGAAUCCUCGCGAGGCUUUACUAGAUGGGCUUCUGGGUGCAGAUUUGAUCGGAUUCCAGACGGAAGAAUACUGUCACCAUUUUAUUCAUUCCUGCAGUCGGCUUCGCAGACUCGAAGUCUCGGUCGACGGUGUUCAAGUCAACGAUCGCUUCGUUCAUGUCAAGAAUUAUCCCCUCGGAAUCGACUAUAAAUCUCUGAACGUGCUGCGCCAGUCAGCCGAGGUCAAGGAUUGGAUCUCCAAUAUAUCUGAGAGGUACCAAGGCAAACAUUUGAUAGUGGCUAGAGAUCGACUUGAUACUCCGGGCGGUAUCAAGCAGAAGCUUCUGGCAUACGAGCUUUUUCUGGAGAGCUAUCCGAAGUGGAGAGAGAAUGUUGUCCUUGUCCAAGUUGCAUCCUCAGGGUCAGAGAUUCCAGAGCUAGCAGCUCAAGUGUCAAAGAUAGCUAUGAGGAUUAAUUCUGUUUAUUCGACUCUCACCCACUCCCCCUUGGUCCUACUGCAGCAGGAUAUCAGCUAUUCCCAAUUUCUCGCCCUGCUGAGCGUUGCCGAGGUUUUCAUGGCCACAAACCUCCGCGAGGGUAUGAACCUGACCAGUCACGACUUUAUUCACUGCCAAGAUGGUGAGCUUGCCACUCAGCAGUACGGGUCACUCAUCCUGAGUGAGUUCACGGGUAGUGCACGCAUUUUUCAAGGCCAUCCACUCCUUGUCAACCCCUGGGACUACAAACAAUGCGCGGAUGCAAUCAAUAUAGCUCUUGAAAUGCCGACAGAGCAAAAGAAGCGCAACUGGGAGUUUCUUCUCGCCUGCAAAUCCCCCCCACACCGCACUGGCUUGUCCCGCGACGCACACACAAUUUCACCAGUAGACCCAGACACUCUACAAAAAACCUACAACACCUCACGAAACCGUCUGUUCUUCCUCGAAGACGGCGCAACAUUCAGCUCGACGUCAUUUCCUUCUCCCACCGCAACUGACACUCUCCAAGCCCUAGCCAGCGAUACUCAAAAUACUAUCUUCUUAACUAGCAGCCACAGCCCCGACCAACUCACCAAAUUGACGGCAUCCCUGCCCUCCAAUAUCGGCCUCAUUGCCGAAAAUGGCUGCUUCAUUAAACCUUCCAACGGUACCUGGACACCUCUCGUCGACGUCGACGGCACGCGGAACUGGCGCGCCGGCAUCAGAAAGGUAAUGGAAUACUUCCAGGAACGCACAGAGGGCAGCGUAAUCUCCGAACGCCGCUGUUCACUAACAUUUCACUACGAUGCCGACACAGCCGCGCACCAAGCCUCCGAACUAGCUGACCAAAUCAACGGCGCUCGAGGUAGCGAGGCCAUUCGCGUGGUUCGAGAUGCUACUGCUGUCAGCGUUGAGCUGUUGCAUGUCUCCAAGGCUACGGCUGCGGCGGAGGUUAUUGAUAUGGCGGAGAAGUACCCGGACUUUGUCUUUGUGGCGGGUGGUUCGAGGGGCGAUGAAGCCUUGUUCCGCUGGGCUAAUCGAUUGGAUUUGCCGAGGGAUGAGAAGGUGGAGCUUGUUGCUGUCACGACGCUUACGGCUGGAAAACAUGCUACUGAGGCAAGGGCGAGAUUGCCCGCUGGGGUUUCGUUGCUGGAGUUGUUGGGUCUUCUUGUGCCUGUGCCGGUGAAGAAUGGUCAGGGUGAGGGUGGGGGUGAGGUGUUGGCGAAGUAG